CAGCGGGGUAUAUCAUGGAGCCUGUUGCGCUUUCUCAUGCCUCUUCAUCUUACCAGGCGAUAGGAGCUGAAGACUGGACAACAGGACUCAAUACUAUCCAACUAAACCUCAAGCUCAACUUGCUGCGCCCACUGUCUUUGCUCCAUGUGGUCCUUCAUCCAGAGCGCUGCUGUUCUUCUGUCUAGUCUCACCCUCCAGGUCCCUCAUAGCGCAGAAGAUGGCAGCUCACACAGAGUGACAACGACAAAGGUCUCGCUGGCUGAAAGUGGUAGUGGAACAUGGGGUGCUGCGUCUGAGCAAGCGCGCGUGCUGAUCGGCAACAUGACCGUCCAAGAGAAGGUAAACCUCACCACCGCCGUUACUGGGCCCUGUCAAGCCAAUUCAGGCGGCGUCCCUCGUCUCGGCAUACCUGGGCUUUGCUUCAAUGAUGGUCCUGCUGGCCUAAGAUACACAGACUACAUUACCCAGUGGCCUUCCGAGUUUAUAUCUGCGGCUUCCUUUGACCGAGACUUGAUGUGGGAGAGGGCGGUCAGGAUAGGGCAAGAGUUCAGAGGGAAGGGCGCGAACGUCAUGUUGGGACCGGUUACGGGCGGACCUUUGGGCAGAUCCCCCUUCACCGGACGAAACUGGGAAGCAUUCUCCCCAGACACAUAUCUCUCAUCGACGCUCUCUUACCUCACCACCCGCGCACUUCAAUCGACAGGACUCAUAACCUCCGCCAAACAUUAUAUUCUAUACGAGCAAGAACCCACUUGUGAUGGCCCGCCCGAUCCUAAUGGAGGCACGACAGGGUGCGUGGAUGUUAGUAGCGAUAUCGGCGAAAAGGUCUUCAGAGAGGUGUAUCUGCCUAGCUUUUCGGAAGCCGUUCGGGCAGGGACUGGGUCUAUCAUGUGCUCUUACAACCAAAUCAACGGGACCCCGGCAUGCGAAUCUGAUAGCGCUCUCAAUCGUGUACUCAAAGAAGAACUGAACUUUGAAGGAUUUGUUCUCAGUGAUUUUGGGGCAGCGCAUUCGACUGUAGAGUCGGCGACACACGGUAUGGACAUGGAGCUUCCUACAGAGCAAUUCUACGGGAAGAAAUUGUUGAAAGCUGUCAAGCGGGGAGAUGUGUCGUCCGAAAGACUGGAUGAUAUGGCGCGACGCAUUCUCACUCCGUAUCUGGCCCUCCAGCAUAACAGCUCCUAUCCCAAAGUCAAUUAUCAAAGUUACAAUCUUCAAAACCAAAUCGAGGUCGACGGACAUGUCUUUCGGAACGAGCAAGUCGAUGUCAAGGGUGACAACCAUCUUUGGGCGAGGGAAGUCGCAGCAGAGUCGACAGUUCUCCUCAAGAACACCGGUAUCCUACCCCUUCCCCAAGGGCCCAAGCCAUCUCUCAAAUCCCUCGGCAUCUUUGGCUCCGACGCGGACUAUCCCUCCACCCUCACAGGCUGCGGUCCGGAUUUGUUUUGUGUGGUCAAUGCGAAGGAUGGAAGGCGAUAUUGGAAUGGGACUGUCACGAUUGGAGGUGGGUCUGGGGCGGCCUAUGCGGACUAUAUUGCAGCGCCUAUCGAAGCCAUAUCCCUCCGCGCGCGACGCUCUCAUUUCCGAACCGACCACAUCCUCCAAGACGAUCCUUCCCACUUUCCUGCUGUCGAUACCAUCGCCGCACAGUCAGACGUAUGCCUCGUAUUCGUGUCUGUCUACCUGGUCGAAGCCUGGGACAGAGACGAUUUGAGACUCGAUAAAGGUGGAGAAGAGUUGAUCAAGAGGGUGGAGAAGGUGUGUAAAGGGGAGGUGGUGGUGGUCAUGCACAGCGGAGGCCAGGUGCUCGUCGAAGAUUGGAUCGAUCUACCCAAGAUAGGAGCCGUCUUGUUUGCUGGGUAUCCCGGACAAGAGACGGGAAACGCGUUGGUUGAUAUACUAUGGGGAGAUGUCAACCCCUCUGCCAAGCUGCCAUUUACGAUGGGUCGAGCAGCAUCUGACUGGCCGCCGGCAGGUAUUAUCCGCAAGAAGGACAUCGACAAGACCGCUCCCUACCCCGUUUCCACUUUCCCCGAAGGCUUGGCCAUUGACUACAAGUACUUUGACACCCACAAGAUCUCGCCCCGGUUUCAAUUCGGGUUUGGCUUGAGUUACACGUCAUUCGAGAUGGCGGGGCUGGAGUUGAGGGAGGAGUUUAGGGAGGAAGAGGUAGGGGGCAAGGGAAAGAAGAUGAGGGAGGGGAGCGAAGGGGAGGGUUGGCUUUAUGAUGUUCUGUAUGUGGCGAGGGUGAACGUUACCAACACCGGUCGAGUACCCGGCGCCGAAGUCGCUCAGCUAUAUAUGACCUUCCCACCUACGGAAGCCGACCAGCCGCCCAAACAUCUUCGAGGGUAUAGCAAGCCUGACCUUGUACCAGGCCAGACGGAGACCGUCGAGUUUCCGCUUACGAAGAAAGACCUGUCGGUAUGGGAUGUGGAAAAGCAUCUAUGGCGAAUCCCAGAGGGCAAUUUCGUGUUCCGAGCUGGUAAUAGCUCGAGAGCUUUACCUCUUGAGGUAUCUUUGAAGAUUGAAAGUCGCUAGAGCCGUCCCGAUAGACGCUUGCUUCCCCGUUCUCCCUAAUUUUCUCUUGUUUAUUGCUUACCACUCUGAAUGCAUUUGAGAUAGAGGCUUGGGGGAAUCCCCUUCUUCAUCUUCUCUUUCCUACUUCAACAUACGUCGAGCUUGCCUCUUCUAGAUCGUCUACGCAUAUCA